AUGGAAAAGGAAGACGUGGAGUCUCAAAAGCCAACCCCGCAGGUUGACCCGCACGAUUCGGAGGAUGACUUGGCUCUGAAGCCUCAGCAGUCCAACGCCUAUGGUAUUCCAACAUGGCGCAAAUCUCUUAUUCUGUUUAUUGUCAGCUGGAUGACCCUGGCCGUCACGUUUUCCAGUACCUCUUUGCUACCAGCCACGCCCGAGAUCGCUACAGAGUUCUCGACGACAACGGAGAUUCUCAAUGUCACUAAUGCCGGCGUGCUACUUGCCAUGGGAUUUUCCUGCCUCAUCUGGGGUCCCAUGGUCAACAUCUUUGGGCGUCGAAAUGCCUACAAUGCCGCCAUACUGGUGCUUUGCGCAUGCUCGGCCGGCACUGCCGUCGCAACGACCUUGCAGAUAUUUAUUGCAAUGCGCAUUUUGAGUGGAUUUACUGGAACUUUUUUCAUGGUCGCUGGACAGACCAUAAUUGCAGAUAUCUUUGAGCCGACUGUGCGUGGAACGGCUGUGGGAUGUUUCAUGGUUGGAUCAGUCAGUGGUCCUGCUAUUGGUCCCUGCAUAGGUGGAAUUAUUGUCACAUUUGCACAAUGGCGCAUAAUCUACUGGUUACAGUUCGGAAUGACCUUACUUGGACUCAUUCUGUCUCUCCUUUUCGUUCCAAGUGUACAGGAAAAGAACCUAGUCAUUGGCUCUGGCCAGCCUUGGAAACUUUCCACUGUUCUGAAGAUGUUUAACCCUUUGCGCAUCUUCCGCCAGUUCAUUUUCCCGAACGUGUUUCUUGCGUGCCUUACCUGCGGUCUUCUCUCAACAUUCCAAUAUGCCAUCUUGACUUCAGCCCGUUCCAUUUUCAACCCUCAAUUCAAUCUCACAACCCCUCUCGUCAGCGGUCUCUUUUAUCUAUCUCCAGGGAUAGGAUUCCUCGUUGGCAGCGUCGUUGGCGGCAAGCUAUCUGAUCGCGCCGUGAAGAAAUGGAUUAUCAAAAGAGACGGCGUCCGAUUACCUCAAGACCGACUGAACAGUGGUCUCGCCACCCUCUUUGGAGUAUUACCAGCCGCUACCCUGAUCUACGGCUGGACCCUGGAGGAGAAAGUGGGCGGUAUGGUAGUCCCAAUCAUUGCUGCUUUCUUCGCAGGCGUGGGGCUCAUGGGUGCUUUCAAUGCCCUUAACACAUAUUCAGCCGAGGCUAUGCCUAAGGCUCGUUCAGAAACCAUUGGCUGCAAGUAUAUUGUGCAGUAUAUCUUCUCUGCUGCGGCUACAGCAGCCGUUGAGCCGCUGAUUGGUGCCAUUGGAGUAGGAUGGACCUUUACCAUUUGUGUUUUCUUUGCAAUCAUCGGUGGCUUCCUUGUUCUCGCCAUCAUUAGGUGGAGUUCUGAGAUGCAAACAUGGGCCGAAAAGACCUUCGGUCUCAACAAAGAGCCUCAGGCUUGA